AACAGUGAAGGGACACAACAGAAUACAACACAGAGCAUUCUUUCACACACACACACAGAGAGAGAGAGAGAGAGAGAGAGAGAGAGAGAGAGCAGAUCCAAUUACAUUCUCUUCUUAGUUUCCAACCACAUUCAUGGCUUCCAAGCUGUUACUCGUCACUGUCUUCGUUCUUGACUUGAUUGCUUUUGGACUUGCCGUGGCUGCUGAGCAGAGAAGAAGCACUGCCAGGAUUGUUCAGGACAGGGAUGUGAAUUAUAAUUACUGUGUAUAUGACUCGGACAUAGCAACUGGCUUUGGUGUUGGUUCAUUUCUGUUCCUCAUGGUUAGUCAAGUCCUCAUAAUGGUGGCAAGUCGAUGCUUCUGUUGCGGAAAGCCUCUAAGCCCCGGAGGCUCAAGGGCAUGUGCAGUUAUCUUUUUCAUAAUCUGCUGGGUAUUCUUCUUCAUAGCUGAGGUGUGCUUGUUGGCUGGAUCAGUGGAAAAUGCAUAUCACACCAAGUACAGGACCCUCUUUGUGGAGAAUCCACCUUCUUGCGAGACAGUUAGGAAGGGAGUUUUUGGUGCUGGUGCUGCUUUCAUUUUCUUCACACUCAUAGUUUCUGAAUUCUUCUAUGUCAACUACUCAAGUGCCAGGGAAAAGUUCCAACCAUAUGGUGGUGGUGGUGAGACAGGUGUAGGUAUGGGAACCUACAAAUGAGCUUUGUUAGAUAAGAAUUUCACAGCCAAAGUACAACCUUGGAUGUGACCAUAUAUGGACUCUGGAUUCUGCUGCACAUUUGCUUUCUCCGUUUCCUGGAUUCUGUUGUUUUUCUUGUAUUUACUCUUUAGCUGCUUUACUAGAAUGUAUACGGCCUAUCCUAGUAAUUUUUUUGAUGUUACCUAUUGUCGUUUUUCUUGGGUGAUUGAUUCAUUGCCUGUUACAUUUUUUGUUUUUGUUUU